CACACUCCCGCAGCACACGUUGCUUGCAUUUGCGCUCAAUUCUGGCUCUCCGAAGUUCAGCUUUGCGCAGUCUUCGCGAGUGCAGUUUUGACAGCUCGUGUGUCUUUCUCAACCGGAAUUGUCCGAGCAGUUUUGGAUCCGUCAAGGUGGAGCAGACUCUAUUAGAAUUCUGAACUUUUUGAUGGAAAACAAGAGGCUUCACGGUAACUGCUAACUUUGAAGGUGAUAGUGAGCAGAGGUGCUGAGAAUGAUGGACCAUCUCAGCGAGGCGUGCCUGGGGAAGGAGAACUGUGACCUGGUCAACAGCAUGGGCGACCGCGACUCCAAGGCCCCCCCAGCCAAGCUGGCCCGGCUGGAACAGAACGGCAGCCCCGUGGGCAGGGCACGCCUGGGCAGCACGGGGGCCAAGCUGGCCGGGGUACCCUACAAACCCUCGGGACACCUCCUCAAGAACUGCCACAAGAGGGGCAACAUGCUCCCUGUGUUCUGCGUGGUGGAGCAUUACGAGAGCCCCAUCGAGUUUGACAGCAAGGAGGAGCAUGCCGAGUUUGUGCUGGUCAGGAAAGACAUGCUGUUCAACCAGCUCAUCGAGAUGGCCCUUCUGUCACUGGGCUACUCGCACAGCUCGGCGGCACAGGCGAAAGGUCUCAUUCAGGUGGGCAAGUGGAAUCCGGUCCCACUGUCCUACGUGACGGACGCGCCGGACGCCACCGUGGCAGACAUGCUGCAGGACGUGUACCAUGUGGUCACGCUGAAAAUUCAGCUGCACAGUUGUCCUAAACUGGAGGACCUGCCGCCAGAGCAGUGGACCCACUCUACAGUAAGAAAUGCCCUCAAGGAGUUACUCAAAGACAUGAACCAGAGCUCUCUGGCAAAAGAAUGUCCCUUAUCACAGAGUAUGAUCUCCUCCAUUGUGAACAGCACUUACUAUGCAAAUGUGUCGGCGGCGAAGUGUCAGGAAUUUGGGCGCUGGUAUAAACAUUUCAAGAAGACAAAAGAUAUGAUGGCAGACAUGGACGGCCUGUCCGACCACUCCCCUCCGGGCCUCAACCACAACCAUCUGACCUUUUCCCAGCAGCCCAUCCCGGGCAGCACGGCCGAGCAGCCCCCCCUCCUCCCCGGUUCUCCCCCUGCCCCCUCCGUCCCACACUCCCCCCCUGGCCUGCAUCACCCUGGCCUGGUGUCCACCCCCAUUAGCCCCCAGCUGGUGAACCAGCAGCUAGUCAUGGCCCAGAUUCUCAACCAGCAGUAUGCCGUCAACCGGCUCCUGGCACAGCAGUCGCUGUCGCAGCAGUACCUCAACCACCCACCGGUCAACCGAAACUCCCUGACCAAGCCACUGGAGCCCCAGGUAGCAAGCAACACCGAGGUGUCCAUGGAGAUAUACCAGUGGGUGAGGGACGAGCUGAAGAGGGCAGGCAUCUCCCAAGCCGUGUUCGCCCGCGUGGCUUUCAACAGGACCCAGGGCCUGCUGUCUGAGAUCCUGCGUAAAGAGGAGGAUCCUAAGACGGCCAGCCAGUCUCUGCUGGUCAACCUGCGGGCCAUGCAGAACUUCCUGCAGCUGCCCGAGGCCGAGCGAGACCGUAUCUACCAGGACGAGAGGGAAAGGAGCCUGACGGCUGCCUCGGCCAUGGGGCCUGCGCCACUCAUCAGCACCCCGCCCACCCGGCCAGUGCAGGUAUGGAACGAACAGCAGCCCAGGAGAGAAGACUGUAACAACGUCAGACCUGAGGACUGGAACCCCAGAAUCCCUGUGGGCAUCUCUCCUAUCCCCGAAUCCAGAAAACACGGCAGCAUCACCUUGUUUUCCAACCCUUUUGCUGACACCCCUUACCCUGCCCAGGUGAAGGCCUCUCAGCUCCCCAGCGAGUGGAACGGCAAGACGGAGAGCUGUAUCCUCAACAUCAACUCCUCCAUCUAUGACGAGAUCCAGCAGGAGAUGAAGAGGGCCAAGGUUUCCCAGGCUCUGUUUGCCAAAGUGGCCGCCUCCAAGAGUCAGGGCUGGCUGUGUGAGCUUCUGCGCUGGAAGGAGGACCCCAGCCCGGAGAACCGUACGCUGUGGGAAAACCUGUCCAUGAUCCGCCGCUUCCUGAGCUUGGCCCAGGCAGAGCGUGACGCCAUCUACGAACAGGAGAGCACGGCCGGCCAGCAGCAGCACCACGCCGACCGGCCCCCGCACACAAUGCACAUGUCCACUGACCCCAUGCAGAACCCAACUCUGAUGUAUAUGUCCCACACAGACCCACUACAGUCUCAGACCCAUCAACCGCCACAGCAGCAGCACCAGCCCCCCAUGUCCCUCCAGCACCCCUCCCAGCCUCCACUGUCCCAGCAGCCCAUGCAACAGCAGCAGCAGCAACCACCCAUGGGCCCCCGGCUGCCCCCUCGCCAGCCCUCCACCGCUUCCCCGGCAGAGACAGAGGACGAGGGCCGCGGUGGCGGAGGCACCAAGGCUCGCUCCGGCGGGGGCAAGAUCUCCCAAGAGGCCCUAGGCAUUCUGCAGAGCUUCAUCCAGGACGUGGGGAUGUACCCAGACGAGGAGGCCAUCCACACCCUAUCGGCCCAGCUGGACCUACCCAAGCUCACCAUCAUCAAGUUCUUCCAGAACCAGCGCUUCUACGUCAACCACCCGGCCAAGCCGCCCAAGGAACCCAGCAACAGCAGUAGCAGCAGCCCUGCCUUCGAGGAGGAACUGUCGGAAUUCAGGGAGGGCAGCGCCGAGCUGCUGAAGGAGCUGGAAGAGAGCACACAGACCAACAGCACCAUCUUCUCCAUCAAGAUCGAGGAGCACCUGGCCCGCUCUGAGGCCCUCUCAGAAUCUGACCACGAGGCCAAGGAGUAGAGAGAGCAGCCCCCAGUCUGAACACUGUGCUAAAAGAGUAGUGUUGCUAUACACACAGAGACUGAAUGCAAUGCUAAAGGGUAAUGGUCUGGCUAGCGCAGUGCGGCCGCUGCGAGGGAAAAGAGUAGUGUUUUUAUCAAUGCAGAGUCUGGACUCUAUGCGUACAAUUAGCGUUUAUAUAUCAAUGCAGACUGAAAGGCUACGCAACGCUAGCAUUCUCACGCUGGAAACCCUCCAUUUCCACAGACUACAGUAAUACGAAUAAGUAUUGCUUUUUCUGAUUUUGUAAAACUUGUAUUAUUCACUGUAAAGACUGAUGCAUCAUUUAAAUAAUCUGCACAAAAAAAUAUUUGAAGUAUGUUGCCGUGGAUAUUUGCUGACUGCACUUAAUGUCUGUCGUUUUACACUGAUUUCCUUUCUUUUUGAGCUACUGAUAUUAUAAUAAAAAGCCCCCAUGGAGUUUGAUAGGAUAGGAGGUGUUUACGUAUGUGGUGUUAACUGGAUUUUUUUCAAAUGCAUAUGAAAUCGAGGACCAAGUGGAUGACAAGGUCUUAAUGAUGAGGUACUACGUCUGGAAGCCUGCUGGCAAAUUAGUUAUUCUUUGAAAAAGCGAAAAACAUGACAGUGAUUACGGAUCACUCAAACUCUGGAACCCAAAACGUACCUCAAGUGCGUGUCGCCGAGAAUAGCUCAAUCGUUACAUAUUAUUUGUUAGGAAGAAAUAUAAAUAUAUAUAUAGACAUUAUAUUAACUGUAAAAAAAAUACAGUCUUAAAGAAACUAUGCCAAUAAAUGCCUUGUACUAUAUGGCACUGCCGAUUAGAUUAUUUUGCAAAACCUUUGUCACUGUACUUUCUGAAUCAGCCACACAGUUUAAAAAUGUGAAUCACAAACUCUGUUUUUUGUUGUCUUCUACAUUAUUUAUUUGCAGUUCAUGCAGUGUUUCUGAUGUAAUUACUUUUUUUGGAAAGUUUGUUACAUAGAGCUUUUUUGUUUUUUUUUCACUGAUCCUUUUCUAUUUAUAAAUGUAAUUUUGAUGGGCAGUAAAAACAAAAAGUGUCUUAACGUUUUAAAUGGACAAUGUGCUUUAAAGGUUGCCUAUAAAAGUGCUGUAUGUCAAGCAACUCAUGCUACAAGCUUCACAAUUAAUGUUGUAUGCAAUUUUUACUAUCAUGCAAAUAAGCAUAGGUAAAUUACUAACCUAUAGAACACCUUAGAGAGAAAAACAUAUGCAAUCUGUGUGAAUAUCGAUGUCUGCAAUGUGUCUUCCUUUGGUUAACAAUCCAAUUCAAGCUAUUCCUGUAUAAAUAUCCUGUAUACAUUUUUUUUUUCUUUGUAUGAGUUUAUUUCAAUGAGAACAUCAGUUAUUUUGUUACAACUGACUGUUUUAUAAGUGUUCCUCGGUUUCUUUAUGCAGAAAUUGUCUAACUAGGAGUGGUUCUUUAUUGUUAAUUACACAAUUAAACUGUUUGUAUUGUA